UAUGGAGCAAAACAUUCCUCAUCAAUUGAUUAUUCGUAAUAAAAAUGGAGUUUAUCUUACUUCCAUGUUAGCUAAGUCAGAUGAGGAAAUGCAACUCAUUAAUUAGGAUUCAAAUGCCUAAUUGAUUAUUUUAGAAGAUCAAAUUAUUAUGUUCAAUAAGUAGUCAAUCAAACUCCAUAAUUACAAAUAAAUUCUCAAAGAACUUGAAUUUACAAACUUAUAGAAUGUUCAUCUUACUGAAUCUAAAUAACAUCUUCUUGUUAUUGAAAAAAUAGAUUAGCAAUCAUUUCAAUUAUAAAUCCUUAAAUUUCCAUCAUUAGAAUCGAAAGGAAUUAAUUUCAAUUUUAAAACUUUCAAAAGAGAAGCUUGGCCUAUCUUGAAGUUUUCAUCUGAUGAUCAAUAUUACUUUAUUAUCAUUAAUUCAAAAUUACAUUGCUAUGCUGAUAAUAACUGUAUCUAUCAAACUGAUAUUGGAAAUUGUGAGUUUUUUAGUGUAUAACCUAAUACACCAAAACCUUUAGUUGUUUGUUAUAGUUUAAUGGAUUUCAAUAUUAAAGAGUCGUUUUUAAAAAUUGUUGAUAUUAAUGGCAAAGUCAAAUAUGAAAAAAAAUUACAUUAAACUAGUGAUCUAGAAGUUAUAUGGUCACCUAAUGGUUAAUCACUUUUGAUUAAUAAAGGAUUUCAUGAAGACAAUACAAAUAAAAGUUAUUUUGGAUAAAAUUAAGUUUUAUUCUAUGAUUUCCCAAAAAAUGCUCUAAGAGAAUUACCAACCUAUGAAGGUCCUAUACAUCAUGUCUAAUGGUCACCUUCCUCAAAAGAAUUCAUUUUACUAUCAGGUUUCAUGCCUUCUGGUGCUGUUAUGUAUGACAAUACAUGUAAGCCACUUUUUGAAUUUGGAAAGGACCAUAAGAAUAAAAUUAUAUGGGGAAAUGGUAGAUUUGUAAUGAUUUGUGGAUUUGGAAAUUUAGACGGAUCAAUCCAUAUUUGGGAUGCUAAAACCCUUAAAUAAGUUAGUAGCAAUAAAUAUAAAUCAGCCAGUUUAUGUCAUUGGUCACCUUGUAGUAGAUAUUAUGUUUGUGCAAAAGUAACACCAAGAAUGAAUGUAGACAAUUAAUAUUCAGUUUUUGAUUAUAAUGGUAAAGAAAUAAUCAAUAGAAAGUUUUUGGAAUUAUAUGAUGUUUAAUUUAGACCUUCAAAUAUAAAAUUUGAAGAAAGAGCUCCUACUCCUACUAAAUAACCUCCAUAAGAAGCACCAAAAAAACAAUUUGUAGCAUUUGCAGAUAAUCCUCUUGCCUAAUAAAUGAGAGCUUUAAAAGCUGGAGAAGGUGCUAGAGUAUUAUAAGUUAAUGAAACAUUUGGUAAACAAUAAAAUAAUAAUUAUCCUCCUGGUUAUGAACCUCCAAAAGAAAAGAAAAAAAGAGUAAGAAAACCAAAAUAAUAAUAAUAAUAAUAAUGACA